UUUUCGUUAACAGUUCGGCUUCGUUGCUCUUAGUGAUAUUCGUACAAUCGUUUGAAUUUCCGCGCACAAUGAAUGUUAAGAGAUAAACGUUGUUUAAACGUGUUGUUGUUAAAAUUAAAUUUGAUAUUUCACCGUCGGAGAACAAGUGUAAAUUAUAAUACACAACCAAUAAAACAAGUGGAUGUUUUUGUUGUCAAUAAAAUGUAUUUUCAAUCGAAAUAAGCGAAACCGUGUUGUAUUAAUGUUCAGUUUUCUAUUACUGAAUUAUGCCAAGACCACCGAGAGAAUCAUAUGGCGAUCAAAAGCCCCCAUAUUCAUAUAUUUCCUUAACGGCUAUGGCUAUUUGGAAUUCACCCGAAAAAAUGUUACCUCUGAGUGAUAUUUAUAAAUUUAUAAUUGAUCGUUUUCCUUAUUAUCGGAAAAACACACAACGCUGGCAAAACUCCUUACGGCAUAACCUCAGUUUUAAUGAUUGCUUUAUAAAGGUUCCUCGAAGACCAGAACGGCCAGGCAAAGGUGCUUACUGGGCUCUUCACCCACAAGCAAUUGAUAUGUUUGAAAAUGGUAGCUUACUACGGCGUCGGAAACGCUUCAAACUACACAAACACGAUAAGGAUUAUUUGAAAGAAGAACUAGCUACAUGGGCAAAUCUUAAUCGUUUCUUUUUUACUCCACAAAAUACGUCAACAUCAGCAGAAUUACCAUUAAUUAAUGACUCUUCGCUAUAUUUAACUAAUGUAGCAAAUAUAGCUAAAUUAACACAAUGUUCUGUUGGAAACACGCAUCCUAUCACAAAUUUUGCAUCUACUGCUAUAUCAUUAGGAUAUCCACAAGUAACAGUGUCAACAAAUAGUGAUACAACAUUCUCAAAUAUAUUACAUAGUUCCCAAGUAAUAUCAUCAAUGGAUGGAUCAACCCUUAUUAACAAAUCUCGACAAAAACGUUCUUUUACUAUUGAAAGUCUAAUAACGCCCGAUAAACUUGAUUCAAAGUCUAUAAAAGGCAUUAACAGUUACGAUAAAUCUAUUACCGAAAGACUGGAAACAGAAACACUAAAACAGAAUAGUGCCACCUUACACAGUCCUAUAUUCAGUGCUGAAAUGAACCAUCAACCCCUUCCUCCGCUGCACACGAUUACUGCAAGUACCCACAUGCCCCUUCUGCAUUAUAAUAGGUCAGAAGCUAAUUGUAUCAAUUUGGAUCCUUGCUUAAAUUCAACAACAGUUUACGAUAUUCCGCUGCAUCCAAUAUUAAUGAUGAAAUCUCCGCUUGGAAAUUUACAACCGUUAUAUUUUGCAAAUGUUGAAAUACCAACAGACCAACACACGUCAUCUAAUUCACGACAGAGUUCCAGCCUGCGAACUGCAUGACAUCAUUAGUUGUAAUCGCCUGUAAUUGAAAUAAACUGGAGUCAUCUUCUUUAGUUCCUAAUGGCUGUUAUGCACAUAUGUAAUGUAUUAUUUUUAAAACAAUUUUUAAUAUAUUUCGCUCUGUAUAUAAUAUUUAAUACUAAAAAACCAAUCAUUAAAAAAACAUGAUUUUAAGAAACAAAUACUCGCUAAUUAAAAUUUAAUUAAAGCAUUUCUAGUCUACAAACAUAUUAGUUAUGUGAGUAUAUUAAAAAUUGUAAUGUUUCUAAUGUUUUUGAUACGAAAUUCGAAUAUAUUAAUUAAUCCCAUUUUUGAAAUAGUAAAAUAAUUUCUGUCUAAAAUACUGAUUAUUUAGCCGACGGCAAAUCAAAAUAUCAGCAUUAACAGGCGUAAUUAAAAACUACAGUAUUAUUUUAUGAAGAUUAGCAAAUAUGUUAAAUAUUGUACAUCUUAAAGUUAUAUUGCGGAUUUUGAAAAUAUAGGCGCCUUUAACGGCUUGUUUAAUUCUUCAAUAUUGUAAAAUCUCAGAUAAAAAUUGACUAAAAUUAUAUACAACACGCGAAUAUAUUCUCAUAAAUUCAGAUAAUAAAUACUAUUAAUUUGAUUGCUGAUUAAAUGUUUGCAACGUUUUUUAAAUCAGAAUAAGAACACUACGUUUCAUUAAGAACUGUAUUUUAAAAUUAGAAUUUAAAGUACAUCUUUUUUAAAAGUACAUAUUUUAUAUAAGUGUAUAUUUCUUCUGGUGCUGUUUCACUAAAUUUUUUAAGGUUCGUAGAUUGUCUACCAUUAAGUUAACUUUGUCCUUAUUAUUUAUUUAUUUUUUAUUAGUCCAACUAAUUGGGUGAACUUAAUAUGAAUAUCAAACUUUCUAAGGAUCCGGGAAUUUGUACUUUUUUUAUUUAUAAUUAAAAAAAUAUUAAUACAUACAUAUAUAUUUAGGAGAAAAAAUUUAUCAUUUAUAAAUACCUCUAAAACUAGAUAAUUGCUAGCAAUUACUUGUUUUACUUAAUAUUGAAGCGAAUAAAAUUAUUUUUGGUCAUACUAACGUAAUAUGAAAACUUGAAGCAAUGAACUCCAUCGUUUUCUGAAGUUUCUCCCUAGUAAAAAUCCCCACUUUUUGCAAGUUCAAAAUUAUGUAGAGUCAUCAUUUUUUCAAAUCUUUUCCAGAAUAACAUUUAAAACAUAUAAAUAGUUAUACAAAUAUCACAUAAUAUAGUGCUGAAAAUGUUUGUUAAGCUCUUUUUUCAAGUUAAAAUAAUUUGUAUUUAUAAGACUGUCCCUUGAAAUUGCUUUUCAUUAAGCCCUUCAAAUUUUCAGCAAACUUGUAAGUCGUAAAAAUUAUAAAAUUUGCUGUUAACACUUAAUGCCUCUUUUUUAAAAUCAUAUAUGCUCUUGCGACAUGUUGCUACAGAGUAUCUUAAUUUUGUUAACCUUAUGGUUGAAUGUAUCACCUAAAACAAAUCGAGAUAGAUAUGGGGCUAUAUAUACAUAUAAAUGAUCAGGAUGACGAGCCGAAUUGAAAUCCAGGUAACUGCCUCUCUGUCCGUCCGUACGUUCAAGCUCUAACUUGCAUAAAAAUUAAGAUAUCUUGAUGAAAUGGUUCUUUGACACCAUAAGAAGUUUGCUAUUGUAAAUAGGCGUCAUCGGAUCACUGCCAUGCCCAUCAAAAACCAUUAUGAAGUAUGAAUUGUCAUAACUAAGAAAAUUAAGAUAACUCAAAUUUGGCAAUACAGUGAGAUACCUGUGGUUUGAAAACCUUUGAAAAGUGGGCCUGUCCCUGCCCCUAGUAAGUUUAAGGCAUAUGUAGUAUAUUUUCCAAGCCGGUUUUCUUAAAAACUCCUAAAAGUGCAAUAAAUCAAUAACAAAAUUCGUCAGAGGCGUUAAUUUUUACACUUUAGAUAGUACGACAAGGCUUUAUUGAGCUCAAACUACAUGUGGAUGAAAAUACAUAUCUCGAGAUAUAUAUUUAGUACUCUACCAAAUUCGGUAUAUUACAUUCUUCUGACAUUCCUGCGUUAUAAUACAAUAAUGACUACAAAGAAAGCAUCAAUUAAUAUAAUGGGAUAAAAUUUUGCAUGAAUAAUGCCUUUAAAGUUAGCAAUUUCAUAAGCAAAAAAUUUUCAAAUCGAUCUGAAACUGUUUAAGUUCGAAAAUACCGUAUAUGUGUUUAUAGUCGAUUUAUUACCGAAAAUAUCGAUCAAUGUACCAGAUUGUCUUAUAUAUCUCGAUUCGUUUUAGAUGAUACAUACAACCGUUAGGUAAACAAAACUAUUAAUCUCGGUAGCAACAUGUUGCAAAAAUAUAAAAACGUAUUAAGUUUAAUUUUUUUCAACGGCCUAAACUUAUAACAGAACUUACUAAGAAGGAGAAGAUCGAAUUUCAAAGUUUCAAUAGCAUUUUGUUUUAUAAUUUUAACCCCAUAAACCUCAUACCAGUUUCUUGUAACUCCAACUUUCGAUGGUUCAGUAGUACUUUAGGAAUAUACCAUAUAUGUAUGUAUGUUGCUAAGUAAUCACAAACUAAAACAUUAACAAGUAAGGAAGAGCUAAAUUCGGGGCCCUCUCGUAAGGUACAAUUCCGAGGAAAUUCUUUCAGGUGUUGGCAAAACUUUACAAGUAUAUUAAACAACGUUGCGUAUAAUUCAAAAUUCAUUAUUCUACGAUAGGGUGGAUCGAUUCCGGACUUUUUUCGAUUCGGGAUUUCUAAUAGUGCGGAAAAGUUGCCUUAGUACUUCCUGAUUCCAAUGCAACUUUUUGUUUUGAGAUCGGAUUGCAUCUUCAACCCCAACUACGGCCUUGAAAUUUCGGAAAUUCGCCUAAAAUCGUGAAAUUGUCUACCUAGCGCCUGAAAUACGCAUCUCAUGGCAAAAUGUAUAAAACAAAAGUUAUUUGUCACGUCAUUUGCUACCGAAAUGGUAUCAUGGCCGUAGGACGAACCGUUCCCGAGAUACGAGCGAAAAUGCGGCGCGCCACCGCGCAAGGUGAAAAUCGGCUUGCGGCCACACUUCUUGACGUUGAUUUCGCCGAGUGCUAUCACUCACAUUCAUUCUCCUACGCCAAAGGACACGUUCGGAUAGGUCUCCACACAAAUAUUUUUUCAUCGAGUACCUUCACUCUUGUCGGGGAUUUCGCCGAGUUCUAUCACUUACAUUCAUUUCCCUGCGCCAUACGACACGUUCGGACUGGUCUCCACAUAAAUAUUUUUUCAUCGAGUUCCUUCACUCUUGUCGUUGAUUUCGCCGAGUGCUAUCACUUAUAUUCUCUCAACAGAACACAGAACUCAAAAUGUCUGUAUCUAAAUUAAAAUUUAGACAGAAAUGUCCUGUGUUUGGCAUAUAUCCGUACAAUCUCUCUGAGUCCCAUUUACCUACUUACCAGGAUGUUCUUUUGUGUUAUCAGUUUGAAAGAUUUCGUAUAGGGCGACUCCGAGGCGACAACUAUGAACCUAGGAGUAAAGAGGUUAAAGAAAUAGUUGCAAAAAAGGUUGAAAAUAAAGUAAUAAAGUAAAACGUAAAAAAAGUAAGUAGUCGAUUUCACUUAUAAUUUUUUUUUUUUAAUUUAUUUUAGAUAUUUUAUAAUUUUGGUAGCUAGAAAUAUUAACAGUGAUAAUUUUUUUUACAUUAGAGAAAUGAUUUUAUAGUUUUAGUUAAAAGAAAUAUUAAUCUAUACAAACACAUUCCUUUUAGUAUUUUGUCAAACCUCCUUUGCUUUUUAUAACGGUUUUUAUACGCUCGGGCAUUGAAUUUAUGAGGUUUUUUUUAUUGUUACUGCUCCAAUACCGUUAUACCAUGUUUCUUCGAGAAUUCUAUCCAACUCUGUUAAAUUCUUUGGUCUCUUCUGUGCUACCUGAGCAUUCAUUAUAAACAAAAGGUUCUCAAUGGGAUUGAGAUACGGACUGUUACCUGGCCACUCCAAAGUCGAGACCCCGAUUUUUGAUAAAUAAUUCUUCACCUUAAAGAAAAAGGAAUAAGUAUAAAGUUUGUAAUUAAAAUUAUAGCAUUAAACUCUUCUUCUUCUUUACUGGCGUAGACACCGCUUACGCGAUUAUAGCCGAGUCAACAACAGCGCGCCAAUCGUUUCUUCUCUUCGCUACGUGGCGCCAAUUGGAUAUUCCAAGCGAGGCCAGGUCCUUCUCCACUUGGUCCUUCCACCGGAGUGGAGGUCUUCCUCUUCCUCUGCUUCCCGCGGCGCGUACUGCGUC